CAAGAGGAGAAUAUCGAGAAUCUGGCGGAAAUAGACAAUUUUGAAAGUGACACAACGAAAGAAAUCUGCGAUAUUGAAGUAGAGAACAUGGAAACUCCAGAGGAAGAGAUGUUUGUAGAGGUUCAGGACAGAGGGUGUCUGACGGACAUGGAGGAGAAUCAAAACUUUAACAGAUUGACACUGAAUCAACUCUACAGAGAUGGACAGAUAUCAACAGGCUAUGUCAACCACUUCAGUCAUUCUUUCCAGAAUGAAAGCUCCAGUACAUCCGUCAGCAUCACUGAACCUCCUGACGGUGACUCCUCAGACCUGGAAAAUGGUGAAUCAAGCUUCAAACAAGAUGCUGAUCAGAGGCCGUGGCUCGCUACAAUGUCCAUAGAGGAAAGUCUCCAAAAGGUUAAUGAGGAUUACAGAGACGUGCCUCUUCAGUCCAACCUCAGCAACUUUGGUCCGCAGGAGAUGAGUCAGUCACGUCAAGAGGUAGACAAUUUCAGCUCUGUUGAUUUCCCGAGCCCGCCGGCGAGCAUAGACCUCGAUGUGGAAGAUGAUAAACUGGAGAGUUUGGACGACUCUUUUCCCAGUCCGCCACCGUCUGUUACAGCGGCAGAAGAAUUUAUUACCAACAUAAAUCUGGAAGACUUCGAUGCCGGUCCAGAGACAGAGUCGUAUAUUUCCCCAGCGAACAACGUAGAUGUCUCGGAGCCAUCUCUGCAAGAAUUACCACCAGCUACAACUCAGAAUAAAGGGAUCUCCGCCAACCUGAACCCCCCAUCUGUGCACAUAACGCUGACUGAUGACAACAACUUUACUUCAGACAUUGAAGAUGUUUGUCAGAACUUUACCCAGAAGACCUCACCUUCAGGCCCUUCUGCAGAACAAGAUCUCUUGAAAAACAUCCCAGCCUUGUUGAUAUCUGAGUGGAAAGACCUGGAUGAGGAGCCGCUGGAGGAUUUUGAAAAACUUGAACAACUGUGUUGCAUCUCUGGGGAUGAGGAAGAAACACUGGGGGAACUUUUCUUGGGGAACCUGGAGCUUCUGGAGUCUUUGAAGAAAACUCCUGAUCAGAAGGGCAGUGAUACAGAAGCAGGCGAUGACUUCUUUACUCCUGAAGACAACAGAGUGGAUUUAAAGGCAGAAGACAUCUCUGACAGCUGCGAUAAGCUGGUUGAACCUGCCCAAAGAAUCCUAUCACAACCAGCGGGGAAGAUUGACGAGCAGAGACCAUCUGGUCAAACAUCUGAUGUCAAAGAUCAGGGAUCUUUAUCCAAGAUGACAACCAGAAAUGGCCUCAUGAUGCAGGUGUGCGAGGAGAGGCUGCAGUUCUCCCUCAGUGAAAAUGUGAAAACAAACAUGCUUUGGGGGUCCGCCGUGAAAGAGACUGUGACGCUUCGGCCCUGGGGGGAACAAGUCAGGGAAAGCUGCAGCGGGCCAAUGGAAGACCAAAGAGAGGAUGAGAGCCAACGAGAGCAGGAGGCUCUUAGCCAACAGCCAAGCACCGAGUCUGAGACGACAGAAUCUGAGCCACUCACUGUGAUUGAACAACCGGAGAUCAUCGCAUCUCAACCUGCUGCAAACCAGGCAAUGAAAGCAAAACUAGCCCGUCUGUCUCUCGCUCUCCCUCCUCUCGCGCUGAAUCUGCCCCUCGCCCCGAGUGGGAAAGGGGGAUUUGGGGACGGGCCCAUCGGGAAUCGCAUCGGAAGACGAAGGGCCCUGUCGACAGGAAUCGACCCUGACGAGGAAGAGGAGGACGAGCAGGAGGACGAGACCUCCCGCAGGGUGAUUGUUGUCACGGAGACGGAUGUGGACAAACGGAUUGGGCUGAGGAGUCUGUUAAAAUCACCCAAGGAGUCUUUGGACAGGGAGCGGGACCGAGGGAGGAACGUGUCCUUCUUUGAUGACGUUACGAUCUAUCUGUUUGAUCAGGAAACUCCAACCAAUGAGCUGAGCAAUUCAGCUCCUGCAAGUCCAGGUUCAGUCUCUGUCAAAAGCAGCAAGCUGGACUUUCAUGGACCAAACAAAAGCAAAGAGUCGAAAAGGAAAGAGGAUCUUUCAAUCAAACCGCGGUCGCCCGUCGGAGGUGGAACGGUGUCUUCAUCACGUUUCACCGUCAGCCCCGCCGAUGACCCCCACCUGGUGUGAGGUGAAGAACCAUUGUCACGGGAACCUUUGAAGCUGAACCCUCUCGCAGUGGGCACUGCAUUUACCCAACAACAACCAGCCAUUCACCAAGAAGAUAUUUUUUUACUAAUUUGGGAACUGAAGGAAACAGACUCUGAUUUUACCAGCUGGACACAUUCCAGGUUUUGCCAGCGACUGGAUUUUGUACGAAAGGGGGUUUGCUGAGGUCCUGCCUGUCACUGUUUACAGAGUUUAUCCGCAGCCUUUGGCUGCAAACGUCUUUGGAAAAGGGUGCAUAUGUUGGGAGGAAAAAAA